AUGGCCAAUUCUGCUUUUCGUAGCCCCGGCGCAGACCCUGCGGGAGCGGACCUAGCAAACCACAUGGGACUUGAGGCUUCUGGAGCUUUGGCAACUGGCAGGGCUAUCGUCCGAAUCACGAUCACUACCGUGUUCGAAUCGGCCAACGAAAGCCGCCACCAUGCCCGGUACAAAGCUCUGGAACAGGCCGUCGGGAGGGUUGUGCGGCAUUCAAUUCCUACCCUGCGCGAGAUUACCAUCCGCGGGUGCCCUACAUGGAACGGACGCGCCAGGGUAGGCGCCAUCCUCGGGGAGCUCGUGCCCCUCUCCGCAAAGCGCCACCGCGUGGCCCCACGGCUCUCCCGGGUGCACCUGGUCGACGGCGCCACGGGCGUCGCAAAGGCCGGUAGGGCGGUGGCGGCCGGUCUGUGGCCGGCCCUAGAAGUGCUCACCUUCUCUCACUGCCGGGCGAACGCGGGCCACUUCCGCGACCUGGCGCGCGGGCUCCGCUCUGGGCUGGCCCCGAGGCUGCGCGUGCUGGGGUGGGACGACCAGUCAAGCGUCAGGGACGCCUCGGUCGAUGACGUCAUCCUCGGCGCGCUGUCCUGGGGGAAGUGCCCCCUCGUGGAACGCCUCAGCUUCACGGGAAACCGUUUCUGCCCGGAGCAUAGCAUCGGAUACCUGGAGGAGGCGUUGUGGGUCUGCCCUCGCUUGCGGGAGCUGCGCAUGGACUGCAGCCGCACGCCUCACCACCAGCUGAGGGUCCUGGUGGGCGCCCUGGUGGGGGGGCACGUGCCACGCCUGGAGAGGCUGCUCGUAAGGGCGACGGCGCCGUACUACCGCGACAGCGACGUGGAGCUGUUGGCGCUGAAGCGGGCCGCGGCCUCGAGGAGCCCUCCCGUGGAGCUCGAGUUACAGAUCAAGACGCGACUGAAAUAA